AUGGAUAAAAUACGAAAAAAUCUUGGAUGGUGUCCUCAACAUAAUGUUUUAUUUGAAAAAUUAACAGUUGAAGAACAUUUAUUAUUUUUUUCAAAAUUAAAACAAGUUCAAAAUGGACAAUUAAAAUGUUGUGGAACAUCACUUUUUCUCAAAACAACAUUUGGUGAAGGUUAUGUUUUAACAUUGGUUAAAAAAGAUCCAUGGAUGGGUUCAAAGAAUGAUGUUACAUCGACUAUAACACAAUGUAUACCACAAGCAUAUCUUAAAGAAGAAACAAGAAAUCGUCAUUCAUUUCCGGAAUUUUUUUCCAUACUUGAUUCUCGAAAAGAAUCAUUAUCAAUAACUGGUUAUGGUGUACAAGAUGUUUCAUUAGAAGAAGUUUUUCUUAAAGUUACAGAACAAUAUAAAACAAUGAAUAGUCGUUUUUGCGAUUUAUCAUAA